AUGAACCUACCACUCUGCCAUGAUAUGGCGGAAAGAGGAACUUUUGGCAUCCUCUUCACAGCAACACUGCUCUCUUCCUGGGUGGCUGGCAGUACAUAUCAGUGGGUAGUGGAGAAGGGUUUGUUUCGCAAAGACUUUCUUCAAAAGGAGAAUCAGUACAAUAUACUAGUCGGCCUCAGUGCUCUUUCGGCCAAUCUACAGGCCAUUGGCUGUUUCCUCAAUGCCGUACUGCUGAUCAGUGAUAGUGACAGUAACAGCUAUGGCCUCACAACUGCCCUGAGCAUCAACAUGCUGCUCAUGACACACACUUCCUUGAUGCUUGUCUCUCGCAAGGUAUCCCUAACAUAUCCUAAUGCUGAACAAACCUGGCAACGGCUCCUCUGCAUCAAUCUGGCCAUGUUACCAGUGAGUUUCAUUGGAGCUGCCAUUUGGGCCACAUCUCACCUGUUCCCUGAGAAGGAAGGGUGGCAACAAGCCAAUGGCAUUUUCAUGCCCAUCUCCAUUGGUCUAUGGGGAAUGGCUGAAGCCAGCUUGAGUUCUAGUUUUGUCCGUCAGAUGUCACACUAUCAAUGGACUGAAGUGCAAAACAAGGGGUUGGCUGUCUUGGCCUUUGUAGCACUCUGUGAUCUCCUAUGCAUUCUACUGGCCAUUCUAUUUGGUGACAUGGUAGCCAUGUGCCUGUGGGGCUUGCUCUAUUCUGUACGAAUUCGCCUGGAGAUUCGAGUCAUGAACUCCAUGAUUGAAUACAUUCAGUCUAAGCGAACUGCCCUGAUGUAUCAAGGUAGGAGCCAUCGCCGCCUCUGCCGUUGUGGACGAAAAAAGAAUCAGAACAGUUUGGAUGGAGGUGCCGGUGUGGACAGUGGUGAUGAUGCUGAUUCGGUAUCCUCAAGUGGAAGCAUUUUUUCUCGAAUGCCAAGUAUGCUCAUCCACCCCAAUGAUUUGACACAAAUCUUCCAUGCCAACUUCUUUACUGAUGUCUUGUCAACAGGCCCGAUUUCAAAGUCAUUUCGUUCCUUGGCAACACUGGCAAAGAAAUCAUGCCAUCGUUCCAACAAAUCAGGGGUCUGCUUGAACUGCAGCAAGCCAGCGCCAUCAGAUGAAGGGACAUCUGGAAACUUUCGAAGUGGCCUUCAUCAUCAACGCAGCUGGCGCAGUCUCCGGAAUGUCCUGAGCGUUGGCGACGGUGAUUGCUGUUGCUGUGACAAUGAAGUCAAUGAAAAGACGGUUACUGAAAACACUGUGAGAGAUUCUGGAGGAUCGUCUUUCUUCUUUGCUACACCGCCACCUGUUCGAGAAAUCCAGGUUGGUUUUACGACCUCAGCAUUGGACGACCUCGAGAUCCCAAGGCAGCAGGAUGAUCUUGCCAGAAGCAUUGACUCAUGCAACCAACCGGACGUGGUCGAAGGGCACGCACCAGUCAAGGAAGGGGCCUCACAAGGCAAUAAUGACACCCACAGAGCAUCCUUUGGUGCCCAAACAAGCGGUCACGUAGCGGAUUUCUCCGAUUACAUCCUGACAUCGGACGAGGAGCAAAGCGUUUGCCUGUCCGACCAAGACGAGUACGAGGGUCCUGCUGAUUGGACACCACAUCCACCUCCUGCCUCCGCUCCUGAACCGCAACCCGAACCACCAACUCCCUUUGAUGGCAAUGUAGCACAUCACAUAGUAGAGUGCGGAGACAACGUGUACUUUGACGAUGACGACGAAGAUGAUACUAGCAGCGACCGGGAUAAUGUUGGGAGCCCCUUUGAGGAAUGUGACAUGGAAGGAGGCCAGGCGGAAGUUCUCGAAGACAUUUCUUUGGGCCUGCCUUGUUCGUUUGGCAGACAAGACAGCACUCGCACAAUUGAUGAAGCCACUCGAGAGCAACUCGAUCAGCUCCAAGAGUUGCAUUGCUUGUAG